GUUGCAUUUAAAAAUACUCCCGAAGUUUUUCUUUUUUACCUGAUUUUUUGGACGUCCAAUCUGCAAAUGGGUUUGCUAGCAUUUAAUCCUUUUUUCUUAGCGUUGUCUCGGAAAUUUUUGUUAGAGGAUCUUGUUUGUUUCCUUGCAUAGGAUGACGUGUUUAUACAGGGGGUUCUGUUUUCUUCUUCGCUGGUUUUCAAUAGUUUGAAGCUCUUUUAGCUGAUAUCCUAUUUUCCUGCACAUUUUUGCAACCUCAAGUAUUUUGGCGAUAUCGUCAGAACGAGAUGUCUGUUUUAACUUCUUGUGGGUCUUUGAGCUCGAGAACCGAAUUUGUUUUGAGGAAAUUCAUGAAGUAACUUUUGGGUUCUUCAGAAACUUUUUGAUAGUUGAGGAAAUUCAGUUUCAGCUGGAUUUGUUGAAGGUGCCAAAAAUGGAGGGAAGAAUGAAAACAUAUAGGCAAUUGAGCCCCGAACGAGCUAAAGUAUGGACAGAGAAAUCGCCCAGAUAUCACUACAAUCAUCACUAUAACCAGCAGCAGCAGCAAAGUUGUAAAGUUCCCGUAGUUUACUAUCUUUGUAGGAAUCGACAACUUGAGCACCCCCAUUUCAUCGAAGUCCCUAUUUCUUCCCCUGAUGGCCUUUACUUGAGAGAUGUGAUUGAAAGGCUUAAUGUUUUGAGAGGCAGAGGAAUGGCUUCGAUGUACUCUUGGUCUUGUAAGAGGAGUUACAAGAAUGGUUAUGUAUGGCAUGAUCUUUGCUACGAUGAUUUAAUCCUUCCGGCUCAUCGGAAUGAGUAUGUUCUAAAGGGUUCAGAGCUCUUUCAAGAAUCUGAUUCUGGUCGAUUUAGUCCUGCUGAGACCGACAUAUUACGGAAUCAGAAAGCACUCCCUGAACCACCAUCUUCCAGAAGCCAAGAAGAAUCUUCGUCUUCAUCUAGCUUGAACGGAAUAACUACAAAGACUUCUCAGGACGAUGAACUGUCUCCUCCGGAUCAGCGUCCUUGCUCAUCAGCCGUGUCACCAGAGCUCAGUGUUGGUAAAAAUUCCUCUUGGAAUGGUUCUUUGAGCCUGACAGAGUAUAAAGUCUACAAAAGUGAUGGUCUUGCUGAUGCUUCCACUCAGACCGAGGAAAAUGUAAGCAGUGCUGUUGGAGCUCGAGAUGCUUGUACCCGAAGUCGUCCUACUGAUGAUGGUUUAUUGGAGAACGAGACUAGUGGCAGUCGUUCGAACCAAGUUCCUCGGGUAAAGGACAGUCCAGAGAUUAGCCGAGACUUUUUUUCAACACCUCCCUCAACAUCCAGUGCUUCUUCAUCGAGUGGUAGGACCGAUACCUUGGAAUCGCUGAUUAGAGCUGAUGCUAGGAAGCUCAACAGCUUGAGGAUAGUUCAAGAGGAGGAAUUUCGAAUCCCAUCCAAUUCAAAACUCAAAGCUUCAAAUAUGAUAAUGCAGCUGAUUUCGUGCGGUUCAAUAUCUGUGAAAGAUCAGAGCUUUGGCCUGAUACCAACCUACAAGCCAAGCUUUUCAAAUUCCAAAUUUUCGUCCCCAUUGUUCUCCACAUCAUCAAUGCUGGGAGAGCUUGAUUGCCAGAGAGAGAAUCCUCGUCUUAUGAGUCUGACCUUGGAGGACAAAGGAUACUUCAGUGGGAGCUUGGUUGAAACGAGUAAGCUCAAGGAAGGAGUGCCCAAUCUAAAACGUUCUUCUUCGUUCAAUGCUGAUCGAAGUAUAGAGCAAUUUGAUUCUAUAGAAGAAAAGGAAGAAGGACACUCUACGCGUUCAAAGUGCAUCCCUAUAUCAAUUAAGGCUACUCUUAGCAAACAGCCAAGAUGUGAAUCAAUGAGAUCCCCCAUUUCCGACGGACCUAGAAUUUCAUCUGAUAGAGUGGAGUGUUCACGAACAACUACAUCCGGCCAAACGAUUGAGCCUCCCGCGAUGAGUAAACCAGAUUCUUGCAGAAACGAAAAGGAAAACGUGAUCACAAUUGAAGAAAGGCUUGCUUCAGGAGCUCGGGUUAUAAUACAAUCCGAAGCAGCUUACGGAGGAGAGGACAACUGAUCAUAUAUAAAGGACAGCCUUCGAGUUAGAGAGAUGGAAAUUUGUACAGAAUCGAUGGACAAAGAUGUUUUUAUACGGUAACUAUGCUCUCAAAUUCAGAUAGAGGUGGCAAAUGGGUUGGUUGGUUUGGGUUGAGAUGGAUCGGGUUGAUAAUGGGUUGGGUUCAAAAUGGAUCUAAAUUUAUGAGUUAGAUAUGGGUCGGAUUGAAAACGGGUUGGUUUGAGUUUUGUUGGGUACAUUACAAUUAGAUUUUUUUUAAUAAAAUUUUGAAUUGUUAUUACUGCCAAAUUUUUUUAUUUAUUAAA